AUGCGAUUUGUCUCUGGGACGAAGCUAGAUGAACGUGUGAUUCGAUGCGAUUUAGAUCCUGGAUACAGAGAUGGCCGACAAUACGGACGUGGCCGUUCAGGUGGUCAGGUACGUGAUGAGUACCGCCAGGAGUACGAUGCUGGACGUGGUGGCUGGGGUCACAACCGCCUGCGCGAGGAAGAAGAGAAGAAGCGGCAAGAAGACGCACAACAACGUGAGCGCGAGCGUCAUGAGCGUCGCGAAGAAGUAUAUCAGGAAGCUCAAGGCACGGCUGAUGCACACAAGGCACCUGUAGGCGCCGACGCUGAGUACUACGAAACAGAGCAUGCAGAGCGUGCUGGACAUGCGACUGAUGAAAUGACGCGCGAUUCCGGCGCAACGAAGCGUCAGCGGGACGAUGAUCCCGAUGAACAGGCCGGCGAAACGGGCGAACGCCACUUAGACGCUGGUGAUGCAAAGAACCCGCGAAUCGAGUCAUCGUAA